AGGUACAAAGGUGCGGCUCACGAUCGUCGGAAAAAACAAUCGUAGGAACGGUUCAUUGUUCGAUGAUUCGUGUAGCGAUGGAAUUUUCAAGUCUUGAGAACAACGGGGACUCGGGAGACGAUGCGUGCGUUACGAAGAAGAGAAGACGAAUAGAAGGAGGAAUCAAAGAGGUCGUUUUCAUUCACGCGUCUGCCGUUGAUGUAUGCUGUAAAGUUGACCUGGAAGUUUUUGGUGAUUUACUCGAGUAAACGUCGUAUAACGUGUAUAGGUAUACGUACGUUUACUCGGGGUAAACUAAAGUAGGACCGGCCUGCGGCAGACUGUUUGUAAUUCAGGCCCACCGUCCCUACCACCACACCUAUGUAUCCAGCAUACGUGUUACAUACGGUGCCGGACGUAGAGGAAUGCAGUCUGAACAGAAAUAGACCUUCCAGUGACUUGUGCCGAGAAGUGCAACGGAUCGGAAUAGGCCAUUGAGCCCAAAACGAGUUUUUCCGAACUACUCGUGGCUCAGUUUGUGUCUAAAAUAUGUAGCUGCUCGGUUGUAGAGCAAUUUCCAAAAUUAGAGAAAGAAGACCGUCCCUGCACUAUUCCGAAGCAUACGUCGACCGAAUCGAUUCCGUCGUAGGGGACACCGAACGGUGGCCACUCCAUAAGCUUCGGUUGACGUUCGUGCGUAUUUCUGUGCACGUGCAUCCGGACAACUGAGGGUAUGGGUGUGUGCUGAGAAGGCGAAAUGUCAUAACCGGCACUGCAAAUGCAAGAUUACAGUGGCGCGAUAGGAUGUCGGCGCAGUGUAACCACUUCGUGCAAAAUGCGUGGAAAAAGGAGCUAUGCUCGAACUGCUUCAAAUCACGAGAGGAACACUCGCAAGUCAACGACAAAACCGCCAAAUUCAACCCUGCGAGGGUUACCGCGAAGGCGACGAGCAGGUUACGCAACGAAGCCAAGCCGCAGAGUAUCCUGAAGGGAAAUACGCCUUCCAAAGGGAAGAAGAAGGUUGCUUUUCCCGACGCUUUGUCCGAAGUGAUUGGCUACGGAGGCGACGAUUCUUCCGACUCGGAAGAGUUCGAGUUGAGCGACUUCUUGGGAAUCCAGGACGAUCUGCCCGACGGGGAGGAGGAGCGAGCUCUCUGCAACCUCACGCGAGCGAACACCAAUUUCAAUACCGUAACGGCGAACCUCUCGUCCAACUCGGUCCCCGACUCGAAGAAAUCGUUCUCCCUCAUGCUCGGCAAAUCCCGCAAGGACUCGGAGGGCAAGAAAAAAACGUUGUUGGUAUCGGUCACCCCGUUUGGCGGAGAUACGAAUGUAAUACCGUCGGCGAAGCGCCCCAGCGAAUGGAGAACGAAGACCUUCUCGAAUUUCACAAGUCUCAAUAGAUCCGGCGGCGAGGAUGUCGCUCAGGUCCAGCUCAAGUCUGUCAGUAACAUCGCAGAUGAUAGAAUCGUGAGCGACGGAAGCGACAAAGAGACUCGCGAAGAGACGGCAAUAGCUCCGCUCGGGAAAAUCGUUGACAUGCCUCUCAUCACAUCGAGUAAUCUCAUUUCUGUUAUUCAGAAGAGCGACUCCCUGGACGUAGAGUCCGCGAGCUCGAGGGUUGUCACCGAGAGCUACCAAAAAUCCGCCGAUCCGGGAAACGGAUCCGCGACGAAGAAAAUUGGCAUCACGAGGACGCCAGGCGUCAAAAAGCAAAGAGACGUGGCGGGUAAGCCGAAGGUUACCUCUGUUGACAUGGUGCAGGAGGUUCAUAAGCAGACGGCGAAUAGCACGGACGAUCGCACAGCGUCUUGGGCGAGCGAUAAUCUCUCCGGGAUCGUGUACAAGGAGGUCGAGAGCCUCGAUGGGACCGACAACGAGGAUUCGACCGGCUCUGGCAACAAUCGGAUGAGAAAAUUCGAAAAUAGAGAAGGAACUUGGAGCGCCGCGCAGAUCAGGGGAAAAACCGGCAACGCGAUGGACGUGAGACUGCAGGGGCUGGACGAAGAAGGAGCCGGAGAUGGGAAAGGGAAAGGGAGCACCACUGGAAGAAACGAUGACCAGGGUGCCUUCAGUUGCCGGGUAAGUAGAGAGCUUGCCGGAGAACCAGACGGGAAAGCUGACGAAGAGACGGUCGAACCCCCGGCUUUGCCGAGAAGCCCACCACCCCAUUUUGACGGUGGAACGCACCUGAGGAUAUCGGAGAUGGUUGCGAGGCAGAAGAACACCGCGUCAGAACCGAGGAAUUCUUUUCUCUACAAUACGGCGAAGAAGACGAAGCCAGCGGUUCCGGAGAAGCCGAUUUCCUUACCUGCGAAACAAUCGCUGCAGGGCUUCAGGGGGAACUCUGAGAGUCCUCGAUCGGAUGUUGGUUCGAAUUCGAUUUCGACCAUAUGUGCCUUAGGCGUGAGAAAUGUUCAAGGCGAAGAACAGGAGCAGGUAGCGGUUAAGAUUGGAUCGAGCGGUGUCACGGAUGAGGGCAAUGUCACCGGUGGCGAGGACGAGGAAGAAGAAACGGAAGAUCGGGACGAAACUAUGCGUCAAAUCUUGGGGGACGGCGAAGCCGAGUCACUCGUACGAUCGCCAAACAAAAGACGAAUGGCGCCGAAGCCGCCGCCGCCGAGUAGCGUGACAAUCGCAUCGGCGGCAACGGCUACCACAUCCGCGGAUGACGGUUCGGGGGGACUUUCGCUCUUUUCGAGGAAACCGGGGGCGACGAAUCUCAAGUCCGACUCUCCGGUUGUCAGGGAAAAGGAAAAGAGAGAGAGAGCUUCGUCGUGCAGUCCGAAAUUCCGUAAAGACCAGGAGCUGGAAUCGACGAAAACCCCGGUGGAAACUACCAAAUCUAAUUCCGAUUCGAACGGAGUUCCAGAGCCCACGGCACGACGGAUGAUUUCACUUUCGCAAGAUAGCCUCGCAAGUGCGGAUAAAGUAGAAGAGAAAAAAAAGGCACGGUCUAGAUUCUCUCUGAAAAAGUUUCUCAGGAUGGGCUCCAAGAAAGAGCAAGUCGAGGGGCCGCUAGGAAUUCCGGCGAGGCUUGAAAUUAUGCCGAAAUCUCCGCAGCCGGGUACUUCUAAACCGAGACUAGAAAUCAUUCAUCCCCUGGAACUCGACGGUGCCGCCGUUGAGGUAGUCAGCAGGGACAGAGUCGCGAGAAUUUCGGAAGAGGUGAAGACGAACGUGGAUUCCGGCGUCACGGAUACCGCGGAGACUUAUCUCUCCUCGUUAUCGACGGGCCCCGGUCACCAUACUCUCGCGAGGCCUGGAAAACCCCCGCCACCGCCAAGAAAUCAGUCACUGGACGAUUGGGCCCGAUUAGACCCCGCGAACAAACCGGUGCGACCUCCACCGCCGAGAACAGAAGUAAAGUCUUCGGCGAAAUCUUGGCACCCGCCGAGCCCGACCGCCAUCGACUCGAUCUACGCAAAUCUGGCAGCGGAGGAUGUUCCAGGUGAAGUACGCAGCGCCCUUGCACCUUCGAAGCCCCAGAGGACAGCGAGCAUGCGGGACCAGGCCCUCUGCCAACCUUUGGCCACGAGGCGACUUCCCGCAGCCGCAUCCACCACGUGCCAGCCGAAGCGUGAGCAAUCCCGAGAAGGCCUCGCUCCCCCCGCGGAGAACGCGUCGCGGAAUAUGUCCGAUGACAGCCACGCGUACGAAUGUCUGUCGAGUUCGCCGGAAUGCGAUUCGACGUCUGACUUGCGUCACGGGGCCGCUAACAGAGAGGGAAUACGUGACACGAACUCCAAGAGGAAGUCCGACAGUAGUGCUCUGGAUCCGAGCAGUGAUUUAAAGUACCAUCAGCAACCGUUCACCAGAUCGACAUCGUUACCCUACUGCGGAAGCGAGACUGAAAGCGAGGUUUACUCUCCUUAUAGCUUUUACACCGGGGACGAGGGGCCGGAAGAAGACCAGGACUGGAAAAAUAAUAAGGAGCAGGAAUCGAGAGUUGGAAGGCUGAGCAAACGCCAAGGACGUAGUAUCGUUCACCGUAGCCUCGAGGAUAAUUACGGAGCUGUAGUUGUCGCGAAUCAUGAAGCUCUGGCCCAGAUUUUAGAACAGUUAAAUCAGAGCUCUGGGAUCCCGCCUGCGUUGAGCGUUUUGAAAACAGCAACCCUCCGCUUGACAGAUUUUGCACUCGACGAAAGUACAUGUCUGCCCCUUGGGCGGUGCGUAUUUUACACCGCUACAUGGAAAGAUGUCUUUGUCACAAUCUACAUUGCCCUCGAUCCGGUGCUUCACGUCUCUCGGAAGGAAUUUAAUCUCGUGCCAAUAAUUGCCUUCACAGAUGUGAUACCAGAUUUUGUAGCUGAGAAAAUGAAUUGCGGAAAAACCAGAAAUGUUGAAGCUACAGUUUCGGUCCUCCCGCAUCUACGCGUCAGUACGAUUUCAUCAUUUGCUUCAACUCUCCGAGACUCCACCGAAGAAAGUUACGCAAGAGAAGCGUGCUUCGUUCUUCUGCAGCUGGUAAACGCGUUGAAGAGCUUGCUGGCAAGGGGUGUAGAGGAGGCUCCGAAACAUGUGGACAAUGCAAUCCUCUGCCGUGAAGACAACGAUGCCUGCUACAGGCUUUACUUACUUCAAAGCCUUGGCUCAGACGGAAACGGCGAAUGCGCGGACGAAGAAAGAGCUUCGCUGUACAAGUGCGUUCUACAGGCCCUGCGUGACUUGGCGCUCUGCCGGAAGCUGCCUUUGGUGAAGGAGUUGCUGGAACAUGAGGGAAUAGCGAGUUUGUCACAGGUAAAAUCCGUCCUGGAGUACUCUUUGUGGGGGCCAGCUGACGUGACACUGGGUGGACCAAGAGACCGUGAGAUGAAUUUACAGAGGUGGCUUGAUCUCGAAAGAGCCACCGUCCUCCACGCUCUCGUGAGAGCUAGAGCUCCUCUUGCCGUCACAGAAGAAUAUCACUUGUUAUUUCUCGUUCGUACCAGCGCCAAAAUCAUGUGCGAAGCGUCAAUUCUUUUGGACGCGCAGCGAAGACAAUGAAAAAAAUAUCCAUCGCUGCUUAUACGUUACAUAGACUCGUUAAUUUCAGAACACGUAAUUUAAUAACCGUAGUAACAACUACUCGAUAUAAUGCUCAAUUAAUAAGGGAAAAAUUUAAAUAAAUUACUUAAUAAGAUUCCACGACUAAGAUCGGUGAAAUUGCAAAAUACUCGUAGUCAAUCAUACUUCGAUCUGCACUGCCGUCUACGUAAGAUUAUCUCGAGAAUGAAUUAACUUGCAUCCACUUUGAACAAUACGAACUGAGAGAGUUCUCCACAUUACUCGUAAAUACAUCAUUGCAACGGUGGGACGGAAUAUUUCUGAUCGUUCAGUGCUAUUGUACACUUGAACCAUUUACUUUUGAUACGUGCGCCUCCUGAUUGUUCCGGAUAUUCAGGCACCUUGCUGCACGAACUGUCUACCAUCCAAAUACCUUAUUUAGCUCUAUACCUACAAUACAUAUUCGAUAACUAUGCCAAUAUUCAUAUUUGUUAUUGUUUUUGUUAGUAAUAAUAUUAUUAUUAUUAUUAUUAUUAUUAUUAUUAUUAUUAUUAUUAUUAUUAUUAUUAUUAUUAUUAUUAUUAUUAUCGUCGUUGUUGUUGUUGUUGUUAUUAUCAUUACCAUCAUUAUCAUGUCAUCAUUAUCAUCAUUACCAUCAUCAUCAUCACCGUAAUUAUCAUUAUUAUUACUAUCUUUGUUGUUGGCAAGUUUCUUAGUUAGAUUUUCUAUUACCGUAAGCGACGAUACUGUGCAACACAAAAUCAAAAUUAAUAAUUGCAGUGAAAGUGAUGAGACAAAAUGAGCAGCGUAGUUUUUUGACGCCAAAAAUCAUCGUAAUGGUAUGAAAACUAUGCCAAUAUGACCAAAAGAGAAAAAACGAAAAUGCGUAACGCUAUUUAUAUAGAAAAAGGCAUACCGCUCCCAAUCAGCUAGUGCAUGUAAAUUUUCACAUCAAUAUGUAUUUUUUUUAAUGAUUUUUAUAUAAAUAUAUUUGAAAUUGAAUAACAAA